AUGCGAGCUCUUUGGCAGUGGCUGGCGUGGUGUGGCAGAUGGCAGGCUCCCCAGUGCGCAUGCCCAUGCGCCUCAGGCACGACGCAGGGCUUUUCCUCUCUGCCACAUACUUGGACAAGUACACCGACUAGGUUGUAUAUGCAUCGUCACAUGGUGUUUGCGAUAGGGCGUCGCAAAGAUGACAAGCCACCAGUGUCCCGCCCCCACGGCCCCAGGCGCUGCCCGUGCUUGCUGCACGUAUCAAGACUCCGCGAAAAGACUGCCGGUGCCUGUGUGCAUACUACAGAGCGAGGUGCUGCUCCUGGUCCAUUGCCCCGGCGAGUUAGGAACCCUACUGUAAAGGCACCUCUCGACGCGUGCGAAGAGCCAGGCCCUGCCUGGUCGACGAAGAAUACGCCAUCCAAGGUACUACAGAUCAUGUCAUCGCUAGACCUCGAUCCAUACCGACACGGCUGGCAACUUGAGCAACACCAACCGUCGUCGCCAUCGCCAACACAGGUUGCAUACAAAGGCGCGCAGGCAUCCUCCACCCAGCCUUAUUACAGCGACGCAGCAUCAAACCCGGUAAUCGCAGAGCUCCCCGCCGAACAAGCUGCUGCUCCUUGUACAUUCACGUCAGAAGAAGACGCGAAGCAAGAUGAAGUGCUGGUACACAGAAUGUCACAGCUCGAGGUCCAAGGCUCUCCAAGGACAUGGCAAAGCCAACAAUGGCCUGCCAACCCUUCCCCAACGCAUUCGCCGAGUGUCUCGUCUCUGCCUACCCGGCGUUCAGCGAGUGUGACAAGCUCGAGUACUCAAAAUCUCGCCACCCCGCCUCUCGUCCACCAGCACUCGACACGGUCACUACGGCCUCAUUCCAAAAGCAUAGGCACGUAUGCCCAACACUGGAGCCCAGACUCUCUUGCUCGUGUGCAAAGAAUCGACCCAGCUAGUUGUAGCACGUUACCCGAAGUUGUGGUAGAGCCUUUCCCCAUGUCGUACUCUGAUGCGAGAUUAGCAUCGCAAAGCCUACCGAUACCAGUUGCCCUGGACCGGCAAUCAAUAGAACAACCGUGUGCCACCCCGGAGCCUUGGACAUUGCCUGCAUACCUGGAAAAGUAUCGCCAAGCACCCUAUCCCCCACAAUGGAGUCGACCGCCCGUACUGAGAACCUUAUAUGCGGGUCGCAGCAGCGAGCAUGCUUCGGGCUCUACUUGGCUCGAUACGCCGGCCUCAUCAACGUGGAGUACGAAGAGACACUCAGACAAAGCACACCAAGCUAGCCCGCCGAUGUUUUGUUUCAAGUUCAAGAGCACGAGCGGUGGCUUCCGCAGUCCAAAGCUCUCAUGGACCAUGACGUGCAUCGAGCCAGCCAAAGAUGGCGACACAAAGGCGAGCAAGCAAAAGGCCAGCACAUGGACAUACGACCUCAGGAUAGAUGGCAGGACCAAUCUGCGCAAGUCUGAAAGCUUAUUGCGAGGUGGCCCCAACCCGCAAAGCAUCAUGACGACGUAUGUGCAUGCGCUCAACUACGACUCGUUACGAUUCAUUGGGCCUGAUGAAAAGGCGUACAUGUGGGUGUCGAGCACAAAGGUGUCUUCGGUCGAUGGGGUGCGAUACGACACGCUCAGACACGCGCUGUUCGUAGCGACAAGAGGCAAUGCCAAUCCACUGUACGGUCAGAUUGUGGCCGAUCACUGUUUCUGGGAUGGCGGUGUUGAUGGGAGCGGAGCAAGCCUGCCGGAUGAAGCGCUGUACCUGCGAUGUUCGGUUGUCGACACGGAGCUUGUUGUGGCGACGCUGCAGGUGAUGAAGGAUUGGGAGAAGCACAAGCUGAGGGAAGAGAAGAGGACCAAGCCAAAGGCCUUUUGUGCAACCGAGGAAGAAGCGCGAAAGCAUGCGCUGGGCGCAGCGAGUUACUGGAAAGCCUGA